AUGUCCGCCCCUCCCCCAUCCCUACCCCAGUCCACCCAAAACUCAGUAGCCCCCCCGAGCGUCCCCAGCCACACACCCACACCGCCUACAGCCCUUAACGGCCUGCCUCGCCCCGUUCCCCCCGCCGCCGCAGGACCCGUAGGAGCUGGAGCUAACGCUUCGAUUCCUGGCGCUGCUCAAGGUAUGCAGGCUGUGAGACCUUUGAGCGCUGGUACCGUAACUGGUGCUGGAGUAGGAGCAGGAGCAGGAGCAGGAGCAGGCGGUGUACGUCCUGUACAAGCCCCACAACCCGGCCAAACUCCAGCCCAAGGCCAAGCCCGUGCUCCCCUCCCUGCGGGUCAGUUCCCAAGAACCUUCCCUCCCUCUACGCCUUCUACCCAAGGCGUUCCUUCCGCUUCAGGUUCUGCAACCGGCGCCAGACCUCCCGUACCUUCCUCCGCACCAUCCCAACCUCAAGCCCAGGGCCAAGCACAAGGCCAAGCACAAGUUGGAGGAUCAGGAAAUGCCAACCCAGGCCCAAGUACAUCAUCAGCAGAAGACAAUUUCUGGGCCGCCAGGCGGGAGGAAGAAGUUAGGAGGAGGGAUAGGAGUUUGGGAGAGUUGUUGGUCAUGUUGGAUGGGUAUACGCCUUUGGUGCCAGAAGAAGUGACGGAAUACUUUUUACAGAAAUCUGGGUUUGACUGCUCUGAUCCUAGGCUGAAACGGCUCUUAUCACUCGUCUCCCAGAAAUUCAUCUCAGACUUGUCCAAAGACGCAUUCUACUACUCCAAACUGCGCGUUAAUGGGGCGCCUGGGGCUAGGGGCAGGCCUACUACUGGUACUGACAAGAAUAGGGUGGUAUUGACGAUGGACGAUUUGAGUCUCGCUUUGGGUGAACAUGGGGUGAAUGUGAAGGCCCCGGAUUACUAUAUUUGA